AUGAUACCAUCGCCCCACGGGCCACAGGUGGUCAGCUUUCCAAUUUCAUCAACGCUUCUGUUCCUGACUGACCUGUACUCCAAGGACUACCCCCUGGCCCUCCCAGCGAUCAAGAAGACCGUGCAGGUGGAGCAGUCCAAGGUGCUGGUGAAGGAGGGGGGAGUCCAGCUGACGCUCACCAUCGUGGAUACUCCGGGGUUUGGAGAUGCGGUGGACAACAGCAACUGCUGGCAGCCAGUCAUCAACUUCAUUGACAGCAAGUGUGAGGACUUCCUCAACGCCGAGUCCAGAGUGAACCGCAGGUCCAUGCCGGACAACCGAGUCCACUGCUGCCUGUACUUCAUCGCGCCCUCUGGACACGGUCUGAAGCCGCUGGACAUCGAGUUCAUGAAGCGACUCCACGAUAAGGUGAACAUCAUCCCUCUGAUCGCUAAGGCCGACACGCUGACCCCCGAGGAGUGCCAGCUGUUUAAAAAACAGAUCGUGAAAGAGAUUCAGGACCAUAAAAUAAAGAUCUACGAGUUCCCCGACACGGAGGACGACGAGGACAACAAGCUCAUCCGCAGGAUCAAGGAGAAGAUGCCGCUGGCCAUCGUCGGCAGCAACGUGGUGAUCGAGGUGAACGGCAAGAAGGUCAGAGGUCGCCAGUACCCGUGGGGCGUGGUGGAAGAGGGCAUUUUUGUGGAGAACGGGGAACACUGUGACUUCACGGUGCUGCGCAACAUGCUCAUCAGGACCCACAUGCAGGACCUGAAGGACGUCACCAACAACGUCCACUAUGAGAACUACCGCAGUAAGAAGCUGGCGGCCCUCACCUGUAAGGUGGACGCCUCCAAGUCCAAGGGACAGCUCACCAAGAGUCCCCUGGCCCAAAUGGAGGAGGAGCGCCGGGAGCACAUGAUGAAGAUGAAGAAGAUGGAGGCCGAGAUGGAACAGGUCUUUGACAUGAAGGUCAAAGAGAAGAAGCAGAAGCUGAAGGACUCGGAGGCCGAGCUGGAGCGCCGCCACGAGCAGAUGAAGAGGAACAUGGAGGCGCAGUACAAGGAGCUGGAGGAGAGGAGGCGUGUCCACGAGGACGAGAAGGCCAACUGGGAGGCUCAGCAGAGAGUCCUGGAGCAGCAGAGGCUGGACGCCUCCAAGACGAUGGAGAAGAACAAGAAGAAAGGGAAGAUCUUCUGAAGCAGCUUCACCUCCUUCCUCCACACUAUAAAUAUCUCUCUUCAAGCCCCUCUGAAGUUUACAUUUACUGUGGUGACAUAAGGUGAAAUGGAACAGUCUCAUUCCUCCGUGUGACAACGAACACGCACCACACACACACACACAUGCCAACGAGUACACGUUCUCAGGACCGCUCGGUUAUUAUAAAUAUAUUUUCUCUUUUAUGUUCAGAAUAAGUGAUAAAGUUUUUCUUUUUUCCUUGAGAUGCUUGUGAACCUCUUCCAAUAACACCACGCUGGACAGAAGUUCAGCUGGACAGACGUUCAGCUGGACAGACGUUCAGCUGGACAGACGUUCAGCUGGACUUUUUUGUAAUAUUUUAAUUUUUUUGAAAUGUGUAUCCUGUUUACUGCUUCCCUUCUUUGUUCUCUAACUGUACAUUAUUAAUAUUAAAUUUGACAUGUUAUCCUUUCA